GGGAUUAAAGCUUUGAACUUUGAAGGGGUCUAAGGGAGUUGCUGAAGCUGAAGAGAGCUUCCGAGCUCAAUUCUUUGCCUUCUGUAAUCAAGUUUAGCUACAAACAUGCCCAAGUCCAAGCGUAACAAACAAGUUACAUUAUCAAAGACCAAGAAGAAGGGGAGGGAACAUAAAGAAACAAUAGUAAAUGCGAUAAGGGAGUCUGUGGAGAAGUACAAUUCUGUCUAUGUGUUCUCCUUUGAGAACAUGAGAAAUCUCAGGUUCAAGGAGUUCAGAGAACAGCUCAAACCAACCAGCAGAUUUUUCCUUGGGUCCAAUAAAGUUAUGCAGGUUGCUUUAGGUCGUUCUGCUGCUGAUGAGAUAAGACCAGGCAUUUAUAAAGUUUCUAAACUUUUGCGUGGAGAUUCUGGACUUUUUCUUACCAACAUGUCAAAAGAAGAAGUUGAGAGCUUAUUCAAUAAAUAUGAAGAUUACGACUUUGCAAGGACAGGAAGCAUUUCAACCGAAAAGGUGGAACUUCCAGAAGGUCCUCUGGAACAAUUCACACAUGAGAUGGAGCCCUUUUUACGCAAGCAAGGGAUGCCUGUUCGCUUGAACAAAGGUGUUAUAGAACUUGUUUCAGACUUUGUUGUUUGUGAAGAGGGAAAGCCUUUGUCACCUGAGUCUGCUCGGAUACUGAGAAGUUUACUAAAGCUCAAGACACCUGUCGCAUGGCAUUCUUUGAACCGGCAAAGUUCAUUGGUUUGGUACCUUGAGGAUGCUAACCUUUGUAACUAUUGUCUUUCAAAUGCAACUGGUGUCCACCAAUUUCUGUUGGAUGAAAGAUGGGGAAAAUCCUCCUUUUGAUCUAACUGUUUAAAGUACUUCUACCAAAAAGAAAAAAACAACAACAAAGAUGAAGAAGAAGAAGAAGAAAGAAAGAAGGAAAAAGUUAUAUAUGUUUCUCUUUCUCUGGGUAUCUGGACAUUGGAAUUGAAAUUACUUGAUGAUCCUUUUAUAAAUUUGCAGCGCCUGUUGGGGAUCAAGAUGGCUACCUUUCGGCUCCACUUGAUCUGCAGAUGGGGCCCUGAGGAUUUUGAACUUUAUAAAGAAGGGCUAGAAGAUUCAGAUGUUGAAUCUGCCUAAAGCGUUGACUUCAGAUUCAUUGAAGUUAAAAAAUCAAACUUUAAGAGAAGACUACAUGAUUAAUUAAAUCUUGCAAAUAAUGUUGUGGGAUCUUCUUCUUGACAGUUCUGAUACAGAAUGAUGGAGUGCCAGUGUUGCAGGUUAUUGCCAAGUUUUGUCCCAGCCAAUGGUGUUAAAAGUAACUAGUAUUCCCUUUUUAUUAGGAUGCUUGCUGUUGUGAAUUUUGAUACAUUUGUGGCAUUAAGGUGCCUUUCAAUGUAAAAUUUUGGCAGGUUAUGUUCGAGGAUUGCAAUUAACAACAUUAUUUGUGUACCAGACAUUUGAAUGGAAACCCGGAAAAGUAUUUGCUUUUAUGAAACCAACCUCAUAUUUGUCAUUUUGGUUGCUCAAGUUUCAUUGUUAUCAAAAAGCUAGAGAUCUGCUACCCCAGACUUUAAUUUUCUUUUUCAAUAAUAUAUCUUCUCUUUA